AUGAAGCUGUUUGUUCAAAGUCUGGUGACUGCUGUGUGCUGUUUGCUGUCCUUAUGUUCCAACCUGGAUCCUGCUGGGAAAAACGUCUGUCAUAAUCCUAGGGACCCCUCCACUGUGGUCUGUUGCACUGGGUGGCAACGAGAAGGAGAAGAGUGCACAAAACCGGUGUGCGAGGGCGAGCAGGCCUGUCUGAAGGAGGAACUCUGCGUGUAUCCUGGAGUAUGUCUCUGUCCACCUGGUUUCUAUGGAGCUCACUGUAAAACACGUUGUCCUGGAGAGUUCUGGGCGUCAGACUGUCGACAGGUGUGUCCUUGUUUUCCAAAUGGUCGAUGCCACCCUGUGACCGGGGAGUGCACCUGCAACAUAAACCGCUGGGGGCCUCUGUGCCAGUACAGCUGCAAAUGUGCCCGGCACGGUCACUGUGACACAGCCCACGGCAACUGCAGCUGUGGCGAAGGCUGGUGGUCCCCCACAUGUGCCAAACCGUGCCAGUGUGUGAGCGGGGGCUCUGUGCGGCCCAGCUGCGAGCAGGCCAGCGGGCGCUGCCAGUGCCACCGGGGCUUCUGGGGCCUGAAGUGUGCUCUGACGUGUAACUGCUACAUGUCUCCCUGCAGCCAGCGCACUGGUGUGUGUGAGUGUGAGGAGGGCUGGUGGGGGCCCAGCUGUGACCGCCGCUGUAACUGUGACAUCACUCACAGCAGAUGUGAUCCUUCCAGUGGCCUCUGUCUGUGCCAGCCUGGGUACAAGGGCGAACACUGCAACCUGCGCUGUGACGCGGGCACCUAUGGCAGCGGCUGCACUAAGAGUUGUGGCCAUUGUAAAGACGGUGAACACUGCUCCACGACUGAUGGCGCCUGUGUGGCCUGUGCACCGGGGUGGAAUGGCACUCGCUGUGACAGCCCAUGCCACUCAGGUUUCUAUGGUGAUGGCUGUAAGCUGACAUGUCCACGCUGCAGGAGGAACGAGCCCUGUGACCCACAAACAGGCUUCUGUUGGAGGUGUGACAGCGGCUGGACCGGGCCCAGGUGUGAAAAACCAUGCUCCAGUGGAACAUAUGGUGACGCUUGUGCCUUUCAGUGUGAUCCCUGUCAAAAUGGGAGCUGUCAUCAAGUCACCGGGAAAUGCAUUUGUGAUCCGGGGUUUCAAGGAGAUAAUUGUAACAUCAGCUGUGCUUCUUUUUAUUUUGGGCUAAACUGCUCCUCUCCUUGUGACUGUGGGGAGGGGAUUGACUGCCACCCUGUCACUGGUGCCUGCCCCAAAAGUUUGCAAGGUGCUGUGAUCGCAGCUGUGCUGGUGCCUCUCUGCUUAUUGCUCCUGUUUGUGGUCCUCUGCUGUGUGUGUUGUGGGGAGGCUCCAAUAGACAGCAAAGACAGGACUCUUGUGGCUGAGGGCGGACUGUCUGUGCGUCUUAAGUAUCAUGUCUACAGUGUUUUAGCCAACAUAGGAGCUACUCUGCCUUGUGUCUCUGAUUGGUCCUCUGGUCUUCCCCGAGUUACUGUGUCACAUCAUGACCCAGAGCUGACGUUUAACCACAGCUUCAUCGAGCCGCCCUCUUGUGGCUGGGCAGCAGAAGGCUCGUCCUUUGAGAGUGAUGAGGAGGAGGCAGAGGCCCUGUACUGUGUCCCCCCAAGAGAAGACAUUCCAGCAGUGGCAAGCAAUGAGUUUCAAGAGAUGAGCUCCAAAUGCAACAUGUUCUUGGACCCUUCUGGCUUCAGCAGCGAAGACAUCAAUUCACCAUUUAACAUCCCGCGGACGUCGAGCCUCGCCAAGGCCAAGCGGCCGUCCGUGUCCUUUGCUGAGGGCACACGCUUCAGCCCCAAAGAGAGACGUGGAUCUGGUCAAGAGGCCGUCACACCAGGACUAACACGCACUAAAGCCAAGAACAGCUGGGGGGUGUUGAUGGUCUCAGCCUUACAAGGGCAAGCAUCAAAAACUGGGGACGAGAGCAGAGCUGAGGCCAGUAGCUUGGAGGUAAUGGUUCGUGAUCAAGAAUUAGGAAUGGAGGGUCAGAAUGAAGAUCAGGACAUAACCCAAACCUCUACAUCUAGUAGCACUGUGCAUGAAAAUAGAGGAAGAAAAGGCAAGGCCAAGACCACAUUUAACACCAGUGCUCAUAAACGGUGUCACGCCUCUGCGUCUGACAGUCACAUGACUGCCUCCAGUAAAGUGACCACAGUGUAUGUGACAGUAGGUAAAGCAGGGCGGCCUGUGUCAAAGGCUGAAACCAGCUCUGAGGGUCCAGUCCAGUCUAUGUUGAGAAGACUAGGAAGUCUGCAGCGACACAAAGACCAGGGUGUAGACAUGGGCAAGUCUAAAGGAGCAGAGGGCAUCACCAAACCCCCUCGGAGGAAGCUGGGUGCUCGAGUGAAUCUGUGGGAGCAGGGGGAGAGUCCCACUGUGGACUCCAGCAUCUGUAAACCAGUCAGAAGGAAACAUAUUCAAAACAACCCUUUAGAAACAGAAACAGGAAGUCAGACCACAUCAGCAGAGAGUGCAAAGAGACCCCUGUCGUUCAUUUUAAACAGUGUGCCAGAAGUUGCCCCAGUGCAGGAGGUGGCGAGGGCCGAGGAAGAGUCAAAUCAGGACAGAAGUGAAAGCAACUAUCUGACUGUGGGACCUGCAGGCACCACACACAGUCAGCUGAUGAUAAAUGACAGGGCAAAGCCUAAAGACUGUGAAGAACCCUGCUAUGAAAAUGUUAUGGUAAAACAUUUAUGA